AUGUUAUUCAAAGCAACUCCGGAGUUUGCGUUGAAGUUUACUAAGCUUAUAGCAUUACUAGGUACAUCAUGGCCGAACUAUGAAGGAACACCAAAAUGGAAGCUAGUGGUUUUUCAAAUAAGAUGGUGGUCAACAUUUUUUCUCGCAAUAACUGCGUGCUUGACGAUGUGCUACGCGGCAUGCAAUCAGUAUCAAAACAUAUUAAACUUGACAAAAUCGCUAUUUGAUAUUUCCAAUACCAGUCAAACAUUUGUUAAAAUGUUCUUCUGCAAAGUACAUUACAAAAGAAUGCAGUAUUUGCUGUGCGAUAUGGAAAAGUAUGUAACGAAGGCAAAACCUCACGAAAGGGAUUUAUUUAUCAAGUAUAUAAAACGUUGUGGAAAAUUACACUUGACUGUAAUGGGAAGCGGGUUGCUGAUAAUUCAUAUUAUAAUACUGGCACCUAUUGCGUUACCGCAGCCGUUUCCGAACAUCGCAGAAUAUCCGUUUCCGAUAGACGGUCAUCCUACUUAUGAACUGCUCUACCUGCAUCAAAGCUGUGCGACUAUUCAUUGUCUUUCUAUUCCGGCAUUCGAUUGCCAAAUUGCGAUGCUGCUGUGGUACGCUGGUGCAAGACUUGAACUUUUGAGUGAAGAAUGCAAAACAGUUACUGAUAACAAGCAAUUUGUUGAGUGUAUUAAGCAACAUCAGUAUUUAUUAUGGUAUAUUCAAGAAAUUACAACCAGUAGCCGUCAUAUUCUCGCAACUACUGGCUGCACUUGCAUACUAACCGCAAUUUCCAGUGGAGUUCAUAUUGUAUCAAACGAACCAGUAGCUUUCAAGGUCCCAUUUUUGAUUUCCUGGGUAAUAGUGUCUUCAACACUCUACAUUACUUCAUGGCCAGCGGAAAAUGUACUGCAGAUGUGCGAACAAGUUGGUAUGGCGCUAUAUGAGUCACCGUGGGUUCAAAAUGCUAAAGAAUUGAAUAGCAGUAUUUUAUUUGUGAUACAGAGAUCACAGAAACCAUCGACUAUUGAAGUUCCUGGAAUACUUCCCGUCCUCUCAUUACGUUACUUUGCCAUGUUUUUAUCAAGAACUUUUUCAUACUUCACAACUCUACGAGUUCUUCUCGACAAAAUAAAUCUAGACAUGGAGAUUCCUGCAGAGGAAUAA